GGGAGCAGCGGACGCGCUGAUUGGCUCCGGGGGAAGCGGGAGGCGAGAACAAUGGCCCCCUCCCCCAGUUAAAAGGGAGCGGCUCGCGGGCUCGGGGACAGGGACGCGCGUGCAGGGCGUAGAGCCGAGCUGAGCCGCUGGCGCCGGCGCCACGCGAGUCCUGCAGCCGCCGCGCCCGGGCCAUGGGCUGGGGCCACUGAGGCCUCCGGGGCGCAGAGCAGAGGCUGAGCCGAGUCCGUGCCUUGCCCCCGCCCCGCGCCAACAUGCCCCGCGGGUUCCUGGUGAAGCGCAGCAAGAAGUCCACGCCCGUGUCCUACCGGGUCCGCGGCUGCGAGGACGGGGGCCGCGCGCUGCUGCUUUCGCCUGGCUGCGGGGGCGCCCGCGCAGAGCCGCCCGCGCCCCACCCCGGCCCGGGGCCGCUGCCUCUGCCGCCGCAGCCGGCCGAGCGCGCCCAUGCGGUGCUCGCCGCCGCGCUCGCCUGCGCGCCGGGGCCGCAGCCUCCCCAGCCCGGCCCGCGGGCUGCGCACUUCGGCAACCCCGAGGCGGCGCACCCCGCGCCGCUCUACAGCCCCACGCGGCCGGUGAGCCGCGAGCACGAGAAGCACAAGUACUUCGAGCGCAGCUUCAACCUCGGCUCGCCGGUCUCGGCCGAGUCCUUCCCCACGCCCGCUGCGCUGCUGGGAGCGGGCGGCGGCGGCGGCGCCAACGGCGCAGGCGGCGGCGGCACCUGCGGCGGCGGCACCUGCGGCGGCGACCCGCUGCUCUUCGCGCCCGCCGAGCUCAAGAUGGGCACGGCCUUCUCGGCAGGCGCGGAGGCGGCGGCCCGCGGCCCGGGGCCCGGCCCCCUGCUGCCUCCCGCCGCUGCCCUGCGCCCUCCGGGCAAGCGACCCGGGCCACCCGCCGCCGCCGCAGAGCCGCCGGCCAAGGCGGCCAAGGCCGCUGGCUCCAAGAAGCCCAAAGCCAUCCGCAAACUGCACUUCGAGGACGAGGUGACUACGUCGCCGGUGCUGGGGCUCAAGAUCAAGGAGGGCCCGGUGGAGGCGCCGCGGGGCCGCGCGGGGGGUGCGGCGCGGCCGCUGGGCGAGUUCAUCUGCCAGCUGUGCAAGGAGGAGUACGCAGACCCAUUCGCGCUGGCGCAACACAAGUGCUCGCGCAUCGUGCGCGUGGAGUACCGCUGCCCCGAGUGCGCCAAGGUCUUCAGCUGCCCGGCCAACCUGGCCUCGCACCGUCGUUGGCACAAGCCGCGCCCCGUGCCCGCCGCACCCCGCGCGUCGGAGCCCGAAGCCGCUGCCAGGGCUGAGGCCAGGGAGGCGUCCAGCGGCGGCAGCGACCGCGACACGCCGAGCCCCGGCGGCGUGUCCGAGUCGGGCUCGGAAGACGGGCUGUACGAGUGCCACCACUGCGCCAAGAAGUUCCGCCGCCAGGCCUAUCUGCGCAAGCACCUGCUGGCUCACCAUCAGGCUCUGCAGGCCAAGGGCGCGCCUCCCGCGCCCCCGUCCGAGGACCUACUGGCCUUGUACCCCGGGUCUGAGGAGAAGGUGCCCCAGGAGGCCGGUGGCGACGGAGAAGCCGGCGUUCUGGGUCUGAAUGCUUCUGCUGAGUGCCACCUGUGUCCAGUGUGCGGGGAGACGUUCCCCAGCAAGGGAGCCCAGGAGCGCCACCUGCGCCUGCUGCACGCCGCCCAGGUGUUCCCCUGCAAGUACUGCCCGGCCACCUUCUACAGCUCGCCAGGCCUCACGCGGCACAUCAACAAGUGCCACCCGUCCGAGAACAGACAGGUGAUCCUCCUGCAGGUGCCAGUGCGUCCAGCCUGCUAGAGCGCGCCUUCCACCCCGGGCCCCGAACUGUGCCUUCGCUUGGAGACCCACGAAGAGAGUGCGCCCUGCCCUGCGCACCCCAAACCCGUGUCCACUCCGAGAGGGGGUGGGGGGGCGCCCACCCCCGGUGAAAGUGUUGUCUCCUCUUCUCUCGGUGUGGUGUGACGGUAACCCCAGUCCCCUCGUUGUGACUCCUUUUGGAACCCAACUUUUUGCGUUGUGCCCCCCUGGCCUCCCCCACCCCCGUGGCGCAACAGAAGCCAAUCUCUUUCUGUACAAGAGAGAAGAGCCGUCCCCGUUUGUCUCGUGGUUGGAAGCCUCCCCUUGAAGGGGAGAGCUGUUUUUCUUGCUAGUAUUCGCUGUGUUCAUGGUCUAGAAAUUCGGUUUGCUCUCGCCUACCAAUCUCUGCUCUCUAUGUAUGUAGCGUACGGGUUGUUUUGGGUGAAUCUUGAGGAAUAAAUGCCUUUAUAUUUCACAGGCUGUAAAUUGAACUUACCACACGAUUAGCUUUAUUAUGGCUUGUGAACUGCUGGAGUCUGGCUUUACCUUUUUGUAUGUGAACAAAUGAAAUUGCUUAAAAAAAAAAGAGUUUUCUUUAGUAUAGCCACAAAUGCCUUGAACUGUUGUCUGUUGGGAUUGUUUUUGGGGGAGGGAGGAGGGUUUUCUAAAGAUGUUGUAGAAACUGCCUCAAUACUUUGCAUAAGACUUCGGUUUGGUCAUCUUCUUUGAGGUAGGACUGAGUUCUCUCUAAAUGUAUAUGUUGAUUUAUCAGUAAUUGUUAUUUAUUCUUUAUUUAUUUAUAUUAAUUAUGAAGAUUAUGAUAUUAUUUGAUUGCAGAUCUUUUUUUUUUUUGGUGUGCUUCCCCCCACCCCACCACUCUUGACAUUUCACUGUGCAUUUUAGAAGAGAGCCUUUUUCUAAAGGGAUCUGCUAAAAGUUUUAACUUUUAUACCUAUCUGAGCGAAUUACAGAUAACCUACCAUUUUAUUCUGCUUGGGGAGCCCCCUGAGGCCCUUGUACAACCGACAGCUCUUACUUUUAAAUGCAAUCUCUUUUCUACAUACAUUAUUUUCUUAAUUGUUAGCUAUUUAUAGAAAGCUUCGAUAGAACUGUUUCAACUGUAUAACUAUUUACUAUUCAAAUAAAAUAUU